GAGGACGGCUGCUUUCGAGGCGUUCAUGUUUUCAAGCUGUCUUUCCACCGCGAACAGUGGCCUGGAUCGCUCGCUGCCGACUGGUAGCCGAUUACUGUGCGCGUUAUCUUCAAAUAGAUGGAUUUAUAAAACGGAGCUAAUUAUAUUAUUAUCAUGGGUCGAUAAGGAGGCAGUGGAAUGUUGAUAGGUGUUAGUGCGCGAUCACUGUCGUUGUGAUGAGGUGAACAGUGACUGUGUUUUGUGCUGUGCCAGUGUGUGAUUAGUGUUUGACGCGAUGUGGGGGGCAGCGGUGUCUAACCCUCCUCAUUAUCAUUACGUUCAGGGGCCUGGGGGGCCGGUGGCCCAGAAUGGUCCGGGGGGUCCGAUCUUGGCGGGGCCGCCGACGGGGAAGCACCUGCGGCCGCAGUCUUCGUACUCGCUGCCGCAUGGAAGCAAUGGGCCCGGGCGCUGGGGGUGGUCCGGGAAUCAUGUGUCGUCCUUUGAUCGGAGGCAGUUGAAAGUGCCACCACAACCAGUUCGCCCCGCUCCGGUUCGUCCAUCGCACAGCAGAAAUACAGUUGCUAGUAAGGUCGACCCCGAGCUGAUCUUCACAAAACAGGAGAAGAUCGGCAAGGGCUCCUUCGGCGAGGUGUUCAAAGGGGUCGAUAACAGGACCCAGCAAGUAGUCGCCAUCAAGAUCAUCGACCUUGAGGAGGCUGAAGAUGAGAUCGAGGACAUACAGCAGGAGAUUAUGGUGCUGUCACAGUGUGACAGCCCAUACGUCACUAAAUAUUACGGGUCUUACUUAAAGGGAACAAAACUAUGGAUAAUAAUGGAGUACCUGGGCGGCGGGUCGGCGCUGGACCUGAUGAAGGCGGGCAGCUUCGAGGAGAUGCACAUCGCGGUAAUCCUGCGCGAGGUUCUGCGCGGCCUGGACUACCUGCACUCCGAGCGCAAGCUGCACCGCGACAUCAAGGCCGCCAACGUGCUGCUCAGCGAGAUGGGCGAUGUCAAGCUGGCCGACUUCGGUGUCGCGGGCCAACUAACGAACACAACAAGUAAACGCAACACAUUCGUCGGCACGCCCUUCUGGAUGGCGCCAGAGGUGAUCAAGCAGUCGUGCUACGACAGCAAAGCCGACAUAUGGUCGCUCGGCAUCACAGCAAUAGAGUUGGCCAAGGGAGAGCCACCCAAUUCCGAGUUGCAUCCAAUGAGGGUGCUCUUCCUCAUCCCCAAGAAUAACCCCCCGCAGUUGACGGGGAGCUAUUCGAAACCGUUCAAAGAGUUCGUCGAAGCGUGCCUUAAUAAGGAUCCAGAAAAUAGGCCGACUGCAAAAGAGUUACUAAAGUUCCAGUUCAUCAGGAAGGCGAAGAAGAAUUCGUAUUUAAUGGAUCUUAUAGAUAGGUAUAAGAAGUGGAAGGCGCAGCGAAGCGAAGAAAGCGAAACCGAGUCGGAGAACUCAGAUUCGGAGGAAGGCAGCCGCGGCGACGGCGAGGCCGACGAGCCGUGGAUCAUGACGGUGCGCGGCGGCGCCGGCGCCCGCGCGCUGCAGCCCGCGCUCCCCGCGCACCCGCCGCACCCCGCCCACCCCCCGCCGCACGUCCCGCCGCACCCGCAGGACGACAAGCAGCGCCGGGCGAUGAUGGACGACACAGUGGUGAUCCCGCGGCCGCACUCUCCAACGACGGUUGGCAACGGCGCAGUGGUGGGACGCAGCGACGAGCCCGAGCCGCUCGCCAAGCCGCCGCCCAUCAACAACAACACCGACAAACACCCGCCUCGACAAUCGCCGAACGUGCCUACACCGGUAGUGGAACAGCGAAGCGCUAAGGAGAGAGAGCGCGAGCGCGAGCGAGACAGGGACAGGAGCGAGCGAGACGAGCGCAAGGAGCGCGCAGACCACGCCCCCUCCAACCGCGACAGUGUAGUUUAUAAUAAUAAAGCCGCUUCGCCUUUAGACCAUAGAGGAACCAAUAGUGAAGAAAACAAAGUUAGAAGGCAUCCAUAUUUGCAGCAGCUAAUUUAUCCAUUACUAAAUGAGCUGUCGCGCAAGCACGGCGCGGGCAGCGCGGCGGCGGUGGAGGAGCUGCGGCGCGCCUUCGAGCACGCCGAGCGCGCCGCGCCGCACCUCACGCGCGCCUUCGUGCAGCAGGUGGUGCAGAGGGUGGCGACGCAAAGCCACGCGCCGCCGCAGCCCGCGCCGCAGCACUGGAUGAGGGAUCUAUAAUAGAGUGGGCAGGUGGGUGGCGCCCUGCGCUGUGUUCUCGCUUCCCUUCCCGCGGCUACACCCCGCGCGCUCGCACGCCCCGCCACGACCCGGCACGGCCCACACGCGGGUCAUUUACGACCCAUGGGUCCCACACAACCAGACUGGCCCUCACCGGGCCCCUUUGUGGCCCUCCACCUAGGCCCAAUGAGGCCGAUGUGAUCUCCGCUCGGGUCCAACCCUGCAGGACCCAACAGGUCCGCUCCCCAUUUGGCUUGUUUUGUAAGAAUGGCUCAAACGAGUUGAUCCCAGCCAUUUAAGAAGUGCGUUUGAUUUUUAUUUUAUCAAAAAGUGAACGUGGACAGUUGAGCUGUAAACAUUACAUGAUGCGAGCAUGAAGUGCCGAUUGUGAUUCAUCGCAAAACGUUUGCAUGUCGCACUAGCGCUAAUCAAAUUGAAUCGUGAGCAUCAUGUAAAUGUUGUUUUUAAAUUGUUUUGUUCUUUUAACUGGUUUUAUGCCUUCACAUGUUUUCUGGAAUGUUUCAAUUUAAUUCUGUAAAUGUUAUGUAUACGAGCCUGUAAUGUGUUACAGCCGUUCGCACACAAAAGACAAGUUAUAGUUUUAAUACGGUUUGCAUGCUUUCAUUCGCACUUGGCGAAUAUUUUUAUUUGUCUAACAUAACCGUCAAGUUAUUUCUUACAAGUCAAUCCGUUCACGAGUCAGAUUGUAACGAGUGUCGACGCGUGUAGCCGCAAUCGAGUCACAAAGUUGCAAUGCCAUAGUGUAAUAAAUAAAAUGUAACGUAAUGAAUACUUAAGAUGGUUAUGUCUUAUAAUAUUUUAUAUCAUGCGCAUUAUUUAUGUAAAUAUCACUUAGUUCUCGCCACCUAUUCACCGUCUGUGCUAACAGGGGCCGGGCUCUCGAGUCCUGUAAUUUACUUACAUGUAGUGGUUUCCUUUCCGUAGAGAGUUAGCGCGCGUAGUGGAUCUAACUUAUAAUAAAUAUUCGUGGAGAGCUGAUACGUUACACUUCGCCAAUAUUUUGCCAUAAUUAUUGUUUUUCUAAAAUUAUUUUUACUAACUCGAGGUUUUUUUAUAAGAGUCUGAUUUUUGUUGUGAUCAGUCAUUGAAAUUCUAACAUAUUUAUAUAUUCUUUAGAAAUUGAUGUUUUAAAAGCUUGAUAUGUAGAAAGUGUUUAAGUGUCAUUCCAGACAAAAGACAAUAUUGUCAGCAUUUAUAGAUUAUGUUUGUAACUUGUACAUCGGUUUAUCUCGUGGAGUUUGAAACAUCUGUAAACUGCGUCCUUAAAAUUGUUAUAAAUUCUGUAGUGUAGUUUUCAAAGUUAGUUUUUAGUUGUGUAUUUGGCUACUUACCGUUUACGUUAGUGACUAAUCGAUUUCUAAAACAAUAAUGUCGAACCACUUUUUCCAUUCUAAUUCUCGUAGUGUUGAUUUUAGACGUCGAAACGGUAGGGCGAUUCGAGGAGAUUUAAAAGUAUUUUAUGAAAAAAGUAUUCAGACACUAAAGACCAUUCAGUGUCAAUAAUAAAAAAACAAAAAACAUGCUUAAAUAUGCGACAAUAUUUAGCGAUCGGGGAGUAUAUAGAAUAUAUUAUUACGAAGACUACAAAACAAUUAUUAAUUGCUGUGUAAAAAU